CUGUCUCAAUCGCGGCUUCACGGCCCCUUGGUCUAUUAGUUUCUGUCUCUGUUUUUAACACUCUUUAGUCUUUGAACUCUUUGACUAUAGUAAGAGAUUACGAUUAGAGUUAAACUAGGUACCCACUACCGACUACCGAGUAUGGGACUGUCGGUUCAUUACACAUUCGCCUAAAAGUGUCAAAAGUGCGAAAAUUCUCUUUUUUUUAAAAUAACAUUGCACCUUAAAAUAUUCUACAUUUAUAAAAAACUUAUCUUCUCUAAACAAUUUAAAAGUCUAAUAUCACGUCACAUAAUGGGGAAUUAAGCUAAGCAGUGAUAAAACUCGGUUACAUGUAUUGAUCGAAGAUCUUUUAAGAAAAAUUCUUAAUCUAAUUAAUUAUAAAAAAUGGAAAUCUCAUUUAAAGGGAAACGUAUACUUGUCACCGGUGCUGGACAAGGCAUAGGCAGAGGUAUUGCUGUCGAACUGUGGAGAGCUGGAGCCAACAUAGUUGCAUUAUCCAGAACAAGAAGUCACUUAGAAAGUUUACAAAGUGAAUAUCCAUCUAUAGAUAUUGUGGAUGUAGAUAUUGCUGAUUGGGACAAAACCAGAGAAGUGGUUGAAUCAUUAGGACAUUUUGAUGCAUUAGUGAACAAUGCUGCUGUUGCCAUUUGUGACCCAUUCUUGACCUGUUCUCCUGCUGACUUUAAUAAGACAUUUGAUGUCAAUGUAAAAGCUGUGUUAAAUGUAAGCCAAGUAAUUGCUAGAAAAAUGGUCGAAAAGAAGAUUCCUGGUACUAUAGUAAACAUAUCUUCGCAGGCCUCAAAGGCUGCUUUAAAAGACCAUGCCAUUUAUAGUGCUUCAAAAGCUGCCUUAGAUGCCCUAACUCGUUCUAUGGCCUUAGAAUUGGGUCCUUAUGGAAUAAGGGUUAAUUCUGUUAAUCCAACUGUGAUUAUGACUGCCAUGGCAAAAGUGGGUUGGUCUGAUCCUGUAAAGAGUUCUGAAAUGCUAGCAAAAAUACCACUCGGAAGAUUCGGAGAAGUGUCUGAAGUGGUCAAUGCAGUUGUUUUUCUACUAAGUGAAAAAUCCAGCAUGAUAAAUGGUGUAGAAUUGCCUAUUGAUGGUGGCUUUCUUUUACAGAUAAGUAUAUUUAAGCGAAACAAAGAUAAAAUAAAUAGGUAUAGUUCACAUUACUUUGUAAAACAAGUUUUGAAGAUGAACAAAUAUUUUGAAGGAAAAAGAAUAUUAAUUACAGGAGGAUGUCAAGGAAUCGGUAAAGGAACAGUUUUAGAAUUAUGGCGACUAGGUGCCAAAGUUGUCGCGUUAUCGCAUCAAGCAGAUAAUUUAGCAGCAAUGAAAAACGAAUACCCGUCCAUAGAAAUAGCGUGCGUUGACCUCCGGGACUGGGACAAAACACGACAAGUGGUAGAUUCCCUAGGUAUUUUCCACGGCUUAGUUAAUUGUGCCGGUUUUAUAAACAACGAGCCAUUCUUAGAAUGCUCCUCAAAUGUUUUCGAUGAAACUAUGACUGUUAAUGUAAAAGCUAUUCUUAACGUCAGCCAAAUAGUAGCAAAGAAAAUGAUAGAAAAUGGUAUAAAGGGGUCUAUAGUUAAUAUAUCAUCUCAAACAUCAAAAGCAGCAAUAAAAGAUCACUUGGCUUAUUCUGCGUCCAAGGGUGCUGUAGAUUCUAUGACACAAGUUAUGGCAUUAGAGCUAGGUUCAUACGGCAUACGAGUUAAUGCAAUUAACCCCACAGUAAUCCUGACGGAACUGGGAAGACGGGCAUGGGCGGAUCCCCAGAAAGCCCAAGCUAUGCUUACAAAAAUACCAUUAGGAAGAUUCGGUGAAGUAAAAGAAGCGGCGAACGCAAUCGUGUUUCUUCUCAGCGAUAAAUCUACUAUGAUCACUGGCGUUCAACUGCCUGUGGAUGGAGGUUUUCUUGCAACAUAACAGUUUAAUAAAUAAAUACAAUUUCAAA